AUGAAAUAUCUGCAUGAGAUCUGCUUCGUUUCCUCCUCGCCAACCGGGCGGCGCCAACCCGACGCUUCUGCCCGCCUCACGUCUCGGUUUGGCAUCCAAGAGUCAGUUGGCACAAAGUUAGUUAGCCCUAACGCAGAGUCCUCAGGGUUCUGUGCAAAGAAGAGCAGGGAGAGUCUGCCAGGUCCAGACCCGGGUCCAGGUCCAGAUCCACAUAAAGAUCCAGAUCCAGAUCCAGACUCAGACUCAGACUCAAGUCCAGGUCCGGGUCCGGGUCCAGAUCCAGGUCCAGAUCCGGGUCCAGACCCAGAUCCACAUAAAGAUCCAGAUCCAGACUCAGACUCGGGUCCGGGUCCACUCAGUGCAGCGCUGCAGACAAGUUUUCUUCGCUGCUGCAGUAAACGUCCCUGGUUUGCAGAGAGUCUGAUGUUCGUUUCCUUAGAGAUCAAACUGCAUAAGUCGUGCAGACGCCGCGUACCACACAUGGAAACAAAAAGUCUGAGCCGCCCUGAGCUCCUCAUGUUGCAUACUGGGAGAAUACUGAGUGAGCCGGGCGGGGCUGGGGUGCAGAAACUAAACGCACCUCCACACGGCGCCUAUAGGGUGCGUUACAUUCCUAUGACUGAGAGGAGCUGCAGUUCAACACAACACCGGCUCUUUAACUAGAAAAGAUUACAGAAACCAGGUGAAGGCUCCACCCCCUGCAACACAAACCAGCCAAUCAGAGCAAGGCUACCUGCUUUUUACUGGUAAGAUGUCGUGUUCCUGUUUAUUGAACAUCUCUUUUUUUUUUUUUUUUCCCCGAAGAGUUUUUGCGGCGCUAGUGGCUCGUAUUAUUUUUUAGGGUGAC